AUGAUCUACCGGUUCCUAUACUUUGACCACUUCAGAGACAAGCACAUUCCCCCAUCCCCUGUGGGUGCCAAGCCAGGCCCAACUCCUUUAACAGAGUCUCCAGAACUGCAGGCGCUGCUCCAGCUGCUGCAUUGGCCAGCUCCACCUGACGAUGCUGUAGGCUUCAGUUCUUCCACGAGUGCCGAGAAGAGCCACUACCAGCUCUUGCAGUCCCAGAGCAACUACACCGUGGGUAACAUGCUCCUGGUGUCUCUGGAGGCCAGGGACCAGAGUGGGCAGCCAAAGAACUAUGGCGGAGACUUCCUGAGGGCCAAAUUGCAUUCUCCAGAGCUGAAGGCGAGCGUGGCAGGGACGGUGGAGGACCACAAGAAUGGCACCUACACACUGACUUUCCCGCUUCUGUGGGCAGGUGCAGCGCAGGUGUCUGUGCGUCUCAUCUACUCCAGUGAGACUGUGGCCCUCCUUCGGCGCAUCCGUGACUCCCAUCCCUCCACAGUCACCUUCAGGGGCUACUUUGUGGACCCAGGCCAGGGGAACAAAGAAGAAGUGACUGAAUGCAAUGUGCAUCCAGUCUCAGGCCCAACCUGCCAGUAUGUGGAUCCUGGCACUGGGGAGCACUGGUUUUGUGCCAGGCCUCAGCAUCACUCCUGCAAUGACCUUGUGUACCACUCUGCUGGGAUCUACAAAAAUGUGCUCACCUCAGCAGAGAAAGUCUUCCUUAGUGGAGCUGCGACAGACCGGAUUAUUCCAGGGAGUGUGCCCAUUAUCCAAGUGCUGCCUAGCCACCAGCUGGCUGUUGCCACCUCCCCACCGCUCCCAUGCCACCCAGGUCUUGCCCUCACCAACCCUUCAGGCUUCUACUACAAGGAUGUGUGGAUUUCUUUGGGAUGUUCUAGCCAGACCUUCCCUACUCCUGACUUGGCACUCAGCUGCUUGCGAGGCAAGAUAGUCCACAUGAUUGGAGACUCCACACUACGCCAGUGGUGGGAAUUCCUGCUGGCCUUCAUUCCAUCAGUCAAGCACAUAGACCUUCAUGUGACCUAUCAGUCUGGCCCGCUGCUGGCUGUGGAGCCAACACAGGGCCUUGUGCUGAGAUGGCGUGCCCAUGGGAUUCCGCUGCGUACCGCAAAGUCCAAGAUGGCUGACAUGCACUACUUGGCCAAUGAACUGAAUGCACUUGGUGGGGGCCCGGACAUGGUGGUGGUCUUCACGCUGGGGGUCCAUUUCAUCACCUUCCCCGUGGAUGUAUAUGUGCGGCGGGUGCACGGCAUUCGGCAGGCUGUGGCACAGCUCCUGGCCCGCAGCCCCCAGACUACCGUAGUCAUCAAGUCAGCCAACACAGGAUACAAGUCUGUCUAUGGCAGUGACUGGCUCUCCCUGCAGCUGGACAACAUCCUUCGUGCCAUGUUUGCAGGCAUGAGAGUGGCCAUUGUUGAUGCCUGGGCCAUGACCUCCUGCCACUACCUGCCUGAAAAUAUUCAUCCUGGCAAGCUCGUUGUGCAGAAUGAGGUCAACGCCUUCCUCUCCUAUGUCUGCCCAGGGAAGUGACUCAGAAUGAAGAAGAAGAAAA